AUGCCGUAUUCGCUCCACGUCGUUGGGUUCCUCUUCCUCGGUGGGUUCCUCUUUGCCGUUGGAAGGAACGUUCGGCCUGUACUUGAAGAGCUGGUUGAUCCUUGUCUUCUUGCUGUUAGAGCUGCAUCUGACGUGGAAGUUUUGUGUCGUCCGUAUUUUACUGCUGUUUGGUUGUCUGGUUCCUCGCGUGGACCGACUCCUUCUGUUCUUCCUACACCUGUUGUUAGUCGUGUUGAUGCUGUUUGGAAUCGUCGGAAGCGAAGGAUUCUUCGAGAUUAUUACAUCGGCAAAAAAAGAGUUCCUGCUAUGGAACCGCCAUUUGCUAAGGAAAAUAUAUUACUUCUUAAAGGCGUUUCACGUGUUCGCUCUUAUUAUGGUGGUCCUGAGUAUGUUUGCCCGGCGUGCCAUGCUUCAUUUUGGUUUCUGAAGGGCUAUAAGAGUUAUGCUACUGGUGGUGGUCGCCUUCCAGUGUAUACUGGCUGCUGCAAGGGAGGCAAGGUGUCGUUGCCUUCAUUUCCCGAUUGGCCAUCUCCUCUUAAGGAUUUGAUUAAGUUUGAUGGAGGUCCUGUCUCUAGCCGUUUCAUGCGUUUGAUUAGGCAUUACAAUUCUAUGUUUUGCUUCACAUCUCUUGGCGCUCGAGUUGAUCAGAGUAUUAAUGUUGGCGGGGGUCCCUAUGUCUUCAAGAUGAAUGGGGUGGUUUAUCAUCAUAUUGGUCCUCUUCUUCCUUCGGGGAAUAGUGCGCCAAAGUAUGCUCAGCUUUAUAUGGUGGACUCUGCUGAUGAAGUGCAGUUGAGAAUUAGUGCCUUUGAUCAUCAAGGAGCUGAAACGCUUGAUCCUGAUCCAGGCAUUGUGGCUUCUCUUAUUGCUAUGUUAAAUAGGCAUCAUAAAUUGGUGUAUAAGUUUAGAAUGGCUAGGGAAAAUCCGUGUUCUCCUUCUGCUCCUAGGGUGGCUAUACAUUUUAUGGGUGAUGAAGGCGGUGGUCAUGGUGACCGUUUUUCUGGUCCUGCUUCAUGUGAGGUGGCUGCUCUUAUUGUCGGCGAUUACACGUCUGAAUGUAAAAGAUUUGAUGUUAUUGCUGAAACUCGCUCUGGUUUUCUUCAGCAUGUCUCUUCAUUGAAUCCGAGUCUUAUUCCCCUACAGUAUCCUAUGUUAUUUCCCUUUGGUGACAAAGGAUUCCAUCUUGGUAUCAAGUAUAUUGCUACUGGUGGGUUUCAUGGAGAUGGGCAUUGUAAUAUUGGUGGACGUUUACGUGGUCGUUCUUCUCGAGGGCAAGUAUCUAUGAUGGAAUAUUAUAAUUAUUACUUCCAUUAUAGACGGGGGGAGCCAAAUCCUUAUACCUGUUGCGGUCGUUUGAGCCAGCAGAUAGGUGUGAAUUCUUAUUCUUGUGUGGAAGCUAAUCGUUUGGACUUUCACUUUCAGCAACAAGAUGAUUUACGUUCUGAGACGUAUCAAGGUAUUACUGAUGCUGUCGGACAGGGUGCAUCAACUGGUGAGAAUUUGGGGAUUCAGUUUAUAUUACAUUCGAGUUUUACGGGUGGCCCUCGGUACAUGGUGCUUAAUUACCAUGAUAGUAUGGCUAUUUGUCGCGAAUAUGGUGCUCCCGAUCUUUUUGUCACUUUUACAUGCAAUCCAAAGUGGCAAGAAGUUGGUGAUGCUCUCGCAUAUGAAGGUGGUCAGACUCACGUUGAUCGUCCUGACAUUGUUACGCGUGUUUUCAAUAUAAAAUUUGAAGAAUUUUUAGAAGAUGUAAAGGAUGGAUCAGCAUUUGGAGCUAUUCAAGCUUAUUUGUAUGUGGUGGAAUUUCAAAAGAGAGGGCUUCCUCAUACUCAUACUCUUAUCUGGCUUAAAGAGAGUAUGAAGGAUCCUUCGCCUGCUUUUAUAGAUAAUCUGGUGUGUGCUGAGUUACCAGAUCCAAUGGUUGACCCUUUGGGAUAUAUACUUGUGGAUGAAUUCAUGGUUCACGGCCCAUGUGGUAUGUUGGAUGACAAGUGCCCUUGUAUGAAAGAUGGCACUUGCUCAAAGCGAUUUCCAAAGUCAUUUAACAGUGAGACGAUGGUGGAUGAGAUGGGGUUUCCUGUAUAUCGUCGACGCCCCUCUGCUAAUUUUGUUCUUAGAAAGAAGGGGACUCUUCGUUUGGAUAAUCAAUGGGUUGUCCCCUACAAUAUGAAAUUGCUCAAAAAGUUUCAGGCUCAUAUAAAUGUUGAGUGGUGCAAUAAGACAAAUCUUCUUAAGUAUCUGUUUAAGUAUCUCACAAAAGGCCCUGAUGUAGCACGGUUCCGAAUCCGUUCUGAAAAUGAAAAUAGAAGCGUGUAUGCUGUCCGUAAUCCAACUGGGAGGAAUGAAAUCGAUGAAUAUGUUAAAUGCAGGUAUUUAUCUGCUUGCGAAUCAUUUUAG